AUGGGCAAAGCCAGGAGGAACAGAGUCCGCGUGCGCGACAACGCCGACCCCCUUGCCGCGCCCUCGAAACCACCCUCCGACCCCGAGCUCGCGGCCCUCCGCGAACAAAAGAUCCUUCCUGUCCUCGCAGAGCUCCGAAACUCAGACCCGCGAGCUAGGGCCACUGCCGCGAAUGCCAUCUUUGGCCUCCUUGGCGACGACAAGUGCAGGAGACUCUUACUUCGCGAGCAGCUGUUGCGCUUGCUUCUGAAGGAAUCGCUGGCGGACUCGAACCCUGAAGUGAGGGCCACCGGCUGGGACAUCAUUAAGAGUGUUGCCGAGAAGGAGGAUUCUGGCUUCUGUAUUCACUUGUAUAGGCAGGAGAUUUUGCCUGCUAUUGAAUUUGCCGUUGGAACUCUAUCCGAAACUCUCGAAUCCACCGAGGUUCCCUUCGAGCGGACAACCAAAGCCCAGCAAGCCAUAGUAUGGAAGAUUGCGACCUCCAUCUGCUCCCUUCUAGGCGCCCUCGGCGAAGCUCAAGAUGACAUUCUCGAGGCCAUUACCAACAACAAAAACAUCACAAAUUUCGUCCUGAGCCUCUUGGCGAGGGAAAUCAUCGACGCCGACACCCUAGACGAAUGCCUCUCCUGCGCCAUGACCCUCACCGAAGACAACCCGCCACUAGCCGAAGCGCUUGCCUCCUCGCCAGCGUUCGACCUGCUUACGAGGCUCAAAAACCUUGAUGGCUCGACCUCUGUGCUGGUCUGUGGUGUGCUGCACAACGUCUUUGCCGCGCUGGAAUGGAACGACAACAGCCCCGGCAAGGGCGGAGCGACAGAUGAGAUUCUUAUCCGACGACUGGCGCGAACGAUACAGGACUAUAAGCCGGGGAAUGCUGCUAACCGAACCGGAGAAUGGGUUGCGCCUGACGAAAUUGCUUCGUUGGCGUUGGAGAUACUGGCUUCCAUUGCGAGUGGGGUGCAAGAUACUCUGACAGGCGGAAAGUUGGCUGGCCCGAGUAAGGGUAAGGGUAGGGGCAGGGGCAGGGGCAAACCCCGCGGUCAUCGUGGUGCACAGGAAGACGAGGAGAUGGGAGAUGACGUCAUGGACGACGAUGAUGAUAUGCCCUCAGAUAUAGAUGAGUCCGACAGCGAGAUGGACGAUGACGAGAUGGCGGAAGAUAUGGACCUGGUGACCGGUGCGGACGAAGAGGACUCUGGUAUCGACGACCUUCCUACCCUGGUUAGCUUCCUCGACAAGGCCUUCCCCCAAGUCCUCAGGCUCGCAAGCCCCUCCUCGCAGUCCCAUCCCUCCCCCGAGAUCCAAGUCCACGCAGUAUCCGUCCUCAACAACCUCUCCUGGUCUCUCGCCUGUGUGGAGUUCGCUGAGGGCCAGAGCGAGGGUCUGUUCAAGGUCUGGGCUCCCCACGCCAAGGAAAUCUGGGACCGAGUCGUCAACGAAACCCUCGACUCCGACACGAACGACCUCGACCUCGCUACCGAAGUUACGAGCUUAGCCUGGGCGGUCGCCAAAGCCUUGGGUGGCAAACUGGCCAUAGGAGAGGGUCAACACCAGAAAUUCAUCUCGCUGUAUCAAGCGACGAAGAAGAUGGCCAGCACGGUUGAGAACGGACAGCCUGCUCCCACUGAUACCCAGGACCCGUUCCAGAGCCUGGGCGUCAAGUGCAUCGGCGCGCUCGGCCAGCUCGCCCGCGAUCCUGCGCCUCUACCUCUUAAUCGCGAUAUUGGCACGUUUCUCCUCACCACCAUCUCUUUCCUUCCCGAGACUGCGCCUGCGGAGGUGGUCGAGGCGCUUAAUCAGGUCUUUGAUAUCUAUGGCGAUGAGGAGUUAGCUUGUGACGAAGUCUUUUGGAAGGAUAACUUCCUAAAACACCUGGAGGAAGCUCUCCCGAAGACGAGGAAGAUGCUAAAGGGUAUCCAUAAGAACGAGCCGAGAUUGAAGGAGUUGCGGGAUAGGGCUGAAGAGGUCGUCAUGAACCUCGAGCGCUUCGUACAAUAUAAGAAGAAGCAUCGACCGUCCUGA